AUAUUUGCAUCUUUGUUCGUCGUUGCUGACGCUCAUCAAAUUAUUUACUGUUUCGAUGGCGCCCAAGAAAAAGACCAAUGAGAUAGUAACACGGGGUCGUAGUAAGUCAACUAGUCGGAGUACUUCGAAAGUUCGUGCACGAACCCCAAGCUCUGCACGGUCUCGAUCAAAAACACCUACUAGGCGAGCGCGCACGCCCGCCUCUGAAUCCAAGGUCAGACGUAGACGUUCUCCGAGCGCUGACCCAAGUGAAGAAUCUGUCAAAAGUGUUACAAAAACAACCCAAUAUACUGAGACUGUUUUUGACCGCCCUGUUCAAACUGAAGUGUUAAAAUCAUUGCCUCUAAACCAUGGACUGUCUCGUUUUUCCCAAAAAAUUAUCAAGAAAAUAGAAACAGAAAAACCAACUCAUUUCUAUGAAGAAGGACUAGUUCACAAGCCGGAAGCGAUCCAACCACACAAACCAGUAACACUAACUCCACUCUUAACAAAUUAUCGUAAAACGUUGUUUAGUCCAACUGUUGUUGCCAUUAUUCAAGUACUGUUCAUUAUACCAUUUGUUUACUGGCUGAACCUUCUGAUAUUUGCACCCGUUUCAGUAAGCAAUUUUUCCGGAGAAAAUAAAAGCUUAUGGGAAUCAGCGUUUCCACUAAUUGAAAUUCUUUGGCCAACUGGUGAUAAUAAAAGUUUGUGGGGUCCUGCACGUCCAUUUCUUGGAGUUCUUUGGCCAACUGACUGGCACAACUAUAUGAAUAUCCAGAGUUCCGUGCUCGUCUUUAUGUAUCUUUUGUUGCAGUGUCUAGUUGCUCGUUUUCUCCCUAUUGGUCGAAUUGUUACAACGGGGAUCCGAAAUAUCGACUACCGCUGUAAUAGUCUGAUAUCUUUUAUCAUCUUCAUUGGGUUGUUUGCUUUCGCUGAAAUUUCCGAGUGUACUACAAUCAGAAACUUAAAACCAAGUGAAAUGCUCCCAAACCUAUGGCUCAGUUUACUGACCUCAUCUUGUUUGGCGUCUCUUUUUUUGUCGUUUGUUGUGUAUUUCGCCUCUAAGACAGUUGUACGAUAUACAAGACAAUCAGCGGCCAAAACAAGUAGUAUUUUCCUUGAUUUUUGGUGUGGUCGUCACAUACGACCCCAGUGGUUUGGUAUUGAUUGGAAAAUGACUAUAACACGGUCGGGAUUGAUGGCAUUGCCCUUAAUAGACUUAACGUAUAUAUUCAGACAGUAUGAGCAAUAUGAACGCAUUAGCCCGGCUCUUGCUGCGCAUGCUCUUAUGCACGCCUUAUGGGUGCUUGACUUCUUCAUCUUCGAGCAUACCUUCUCCUUUACUUACGAAGCGCAAUCCGUAACAUUUGGUUCUUGCUUUAUUAUUAGUCGACUGGUCGCUUUACCUUUCGUAUAUUCCAUAACAAGUUCAUACUUGUCUUCAAGACCUGAUGUUGGCAGACAGCUAACUAGUUCUUCAAAACAUAGUUGUAAUGCUUGGAUUAUGGGAAUUGCUAUUGUUUUAUUUUUACUGGGAUUAUGGAUUCAUCGUAGAUCAAACAACCAGAAAGAUAGAUUCAGACGUGAUCCUCACGAUCCAUCGUUUGCUAGUGAGUUAACGUAUAUUUCUUGUCGAGGUUAAUUUUGCUCUUUGUACAGUUUUGAUAUUUUUUAAAAAUUGAGAAUAACUAGGGACCGUGAAACGUCUAUAGUAGCUAGUUUAUCCAACGCUUUAUUUUUAUCUUGAUUGUUACAUCCAUAAAGAACAACUAACAUGUACGCAGUUAGUGUGUAAUAACUGUCAUCUAUUUAAUCCUGAGGAUGAACUGACUUAAUUUAUAGUUUUAUUAUGUUUUCCUACUUUAAUGCUUUAUUAUUUGCAGCGUAUAUUAUCUAGGAAAUCUCAUUUUCUAGUCACACGUCACCAGUUAUGACCACACGUUAAUGGUAUGGUAACAGUCAACACCAGAGUUGGUUUGUCUCUUGUCCUAAAGCAAUUUAUUUAUUGAGUUUCCUACAGAACAUAAAAUUUGCAUUGGUUUUUUAAUCGCAUAUGUUUUGGCGUUUCACAAUUUGUAUUGUCGUGUUCAUAAUUCAUAGUUUAGUACUAAAGUCCUCAUAACGUUAUCGGUUGCUUUAUCAUUAACAUUUUGUUGCGAAACUCAGCUGACGAAACUUCAAGUAUAUACACAGACGUGCAUUCUGAUUAUAAAUUCAUCGAAUGACCGAAGAAUUAUAAAGUAAGAACGGGUUCAACAUGCAAUGCUAUCUCGUAAUUUUUAUUGCUUAUAGAAUUUAUGUGAAAUAGAAACUCACUAACUUGAGAGUUUGUACGUUUAUUGAUGCAGUGAGCUAGGCCAAAUGUAUCUUCAACCAAUCAGAUCUCGGGUAAGAGCACUAAUCCUGUUUAAACCUCGAGCUACAUUAAAAAUCUUUAAUUCUGAUACAACUGAGCUAACUGUUAGUUUGCGAUAUAAGACAGGAUUUAAUCAGUAACAAUAAUAUGCGUAUAGUUUCAUUUGUGUAUUCUUUAGCAUAAUCAAAAUUAUCAACUUGUCCAUCUGUUCCCGUUUUUAGAUGCUGAAAUAGUUGUUGGACCGGGUGCUCAACGAUUACUAGUUUCGGGUCUUUGGGGUUAUGUUCGCCACCCAAAUUAUGUGGGUUACAUUAUUUUGGCCGUGGCAAUGCAGAUUCCAUGCGGUGAGUUUUAUUAAUUUCUAUGUGAAUAGGAGAGCAAUAUUGUUUGGGUCACUAGUGUUUUUCGAAAUUCAUCCUUAACACUGAAUCUGUUCACAACACAUUAUGUAAAUACAAUACAUAAAUUUUUCAAGAUUGGGCAACUAAUUCACAGAGUUUACCAGACGACCGUUGGAUUGGUCCACAGUCACCUGGGUAAUUGCCGAAACAAGCCUGUUUGAAUCGGCACUCGUACUGAUCGCAUUACUAUGAUUUGUCGUGUUGAUCGCUGGCAAUUGAUACUAACUUUCCACAUUACUCUCUUUAUAGGUUUCGACUCUCCACUGUUAUGGGGAAUUUCCGCUAUCACAAUUCUCAACAUUAUUCAUCGUUCUAUAGUUGUGGAGGAUGCUUGUUUAAGAAAACAUGGUCCAGCAUGGCAAAAGUACACAGCCUUGGUGCCGUAUCGGUUCAUACCAAAAGUUUUUUAAUUACUACUUAUUUCAUAAUAUUUAUUGCAUUUAUGUCAAUGUGUUUUAUAUAUUUUUCGCUCAAUGGUCAAUUCUUAUAAGUUUUAAUGUUUAUAGAUUUAUGCUCUUUGUUUUAAUGCAAACUUUUAGAAUUCUUCAAAUUGGCAGCAUUCAAAUAUCCAAGUUUUGUUAUUACAAUCUAUUAGGUGUACAGUUUUUUAUUUAACCUUUUUUUACUCCCAAUGUUUUAUUCUAAUAAUAAGUCGAUGUUUUUUAAUCUAAUUGCUUAUCCCCAUAAAAAAUUACAAAAGAACAAUAUAGUUUUUUUUAAAAAUCUAUAAAGGGCUAAAAACAAAUUUUGAGCGUAUAUUCGUAACUCAGAGAUGAAUUGCAACUGUGGAUUCAUGAACUGUUUGUAACCAAAAAGAAGUCAAGUUCAGGAUAUGUAUAUAAUGGUCAUCCUUCAAUCGGUUUGUAGAAAAGAGUUGACACGAAUUUUUGCCUGAAGCGUGUGAUUACACUCAGCACAAUUACGCCGUCCUGAGGAAAAAUAAAAGUAAUAAAUGUUUCAUCCAAGCAUCCAUUUUUGAACUUGUUAAGCAGAAAAAUGUUAAACACCUCAAUUGUGUAGAUUGAGAAGUAUAGUUUCUGUCGCUUUAUAGAAAAUUUCAGCAAAGUACAAAUAUUGUAUGUGAUUGCUAUUAGAGUACUGUAUUUUCCUAGAUUGUCAGUUAAACUAGCAACUCAUAAUUAAUUGUCUCCCGCAAUUCGAAGCUACCCAGACCAUAAUUCUAACAGUAUACUCAUAUAGAGUGCCCUGUCCGUUUGUAUUAAAGGCCUUCUAUUCAAAUUGUAAAAUAAACGAAGCAGAUUCCAAAAAUGUACAGCUACUGAAAUUGUUUAAUAGCCGGGUGCGUGUAAUAUCACUACUACGCAUAAAUAACAGGUCGUCACAUAAUGUUUGUCCGUCAUUAAUGUAAUCUUCAUGGAAAUACAUACCCACUCGGUAAAAAAAUAAGCAAGCUAAUAUGUACAGAAAUGCAUCCUACGUACACCGGGUAAACGGAACUACUCACCUUUAUCGAGAGGGCAUAUAGGUGGUUGACAAUUACAUGAUUUGGUUGCGGCAGUAGAUUAGGAUCACAAUGGGUGUUUGUAUCCAUAUUUAAAAUACCCUGAAAUUAAUUUUCCAUAAAAAAACAAGCAGUAAUGUAGACAAGGAAUUCUUAUUGGCAUAUUGAAAUAUUCUGUUACAAUAAGUUAUGAGAUGGUGGAUUUCCAAAUAUUAUCGUCAACUGAGACUUGUCGGUGGUUGUAUUCUAAACUUUGUAUAUAAACCACUGAAUGUAAUUCAUGAUACAGUUCAGUAAAAAUUACGUUACAUUUGCAUAUUUAGUGCAAAUUUACAGUGAUGAGUGCAUGGGAUUGCAAUAACGUAAAACAGCCUAGAUCAGAGAACUAAUUGAACAACGCUGUCAAUUAGGAGUGAACAGUAAGUUAGCUGCUUUUCUUUGAUUGUAAUUUCAACAUUACCAUUAUGAAGGGCCUUUGUUAUUAUGCAGUAAUACCUUAAGUAUAUCUACUUUCAUAAGGGCUUGUGUAAGCGUCGUAAUCCAUAAAUUUAUAGAAUAGUAAAUUCUGAAUACAUUUCAUGGCAUUCCAAUCUUAAAGCACAAGAUCACUAGGUAUGUGUCAAUCUUUUUUGAUUCCAGGUGAACAAUGUCAGUAUAACUGCCUCGAGAUCUGAUACACGUUUUACAAACUAGUAUUUCCUCACUGCAGUUAAUUGGGAUAUUCAAUAGGAUUGCGAGCGAGGAUUCACUCGAGUUACCACGCUUAUCAGGAUAGAGAGAGAGCAUGAGCAAUGUUAAUUGCGUUGAAAAGCUAAUAUGUACUUAAGAUAGAGGGAAAGGUAGCGAGUCAACACAAGUAGGUCAUUCCAAUAGGUGUUGCUUAAUGCCAUUUAAGUUUCUUAACCACGAUUUGCAAUUAUCCCUUAAAGCUCAAUUAAUCGAUGAUAGUUUGAAGUUCGCUGAAUCUAUAUUCUAAUGCCGUGUCUUCGUUUCGACGUUACCUUCCAACCUCCCGAGUAAACCAAUAUGGCAGGUUAGCGUAUAGGCAGUGGAAUAUCACACGAACAAACAACCACAGCCUGAUCAAUAGACUAACUAAAACUC